AUGGCCGCCCUGCGCUCCCUGCUGCGCUGGCGCCGCCGCCUGGGGCCCGCGCCCGGCGCUCCGCUAGCCCGGCGGCUGUGGGGCGGCGGCGGCGGGGCCGGGGCGGCGGGGCCGCGGCGGUGGCGGCGGGAGCUGGGCUGGGCGGCGGCGGGGGCGGCUCUCGCCGGGUUCGCGGGGUACCGGCUGUCCGAGCGGCGGCGGGAGCCCUCCCGGGAGCCGGCAGCCGCCGAGCCGGGCGGGGCCCGGGCGCUGCUCCCCAUCCCCGUGGCGGCCGCUGCCAAGGAGACGGUGACGGUUACAGAAAACAGAUCAGACCUCGAAGAUUUGCACCUUUAUGCAACUCCGCGGGAGCAACGGUUUCGUAUGUUUGCCAGUCUAGAAUUUGAAGGACAGCUAUACAUGACUCCACACGACUUCAUCCAGGCUGUUACAAGUGAUGAACCCAAACAUGCUAAAAAGUGGCGAUCCCUUUCAAAGCAGGAGCUGAAUCAGAUCCUUAUGGAGACACCACCAGUUUGGAAAGGAUCAUCCAAACUUUUCCGUAAUCUUAAUGAGAAAGGUGUGAUAUCUUACACAGAAUAUUUAUUCCUCUUAUGUAUUUUAACAAAGCCACAUGCAGGUUUUCGAAUUGCUUUCAACAUGUUCGAUACUGAUGGCAAUGAAAUGGUGGACAAAAAGGAAUUCUUAGUGCUCCAAGAGAUCUUCAGAAAAAAAAAUGAGAAGAGAGAAAAAAGAGGAGAUGAAGAAAAACGUGCAAUGCUGCGUCUUCAACUUUAUGGAUAUCACACUCCUACUAACAGUGUUCUUAAAACAGAAGGAGAGGACCUUGUCCCCAGAAGCUAUUGGGAUACUUUGAGACGUAGCACAAGCCAAGCACUCUUUUCAGACCUUGCGGAGCGUGCUGAUGAUAUUACAAGUUCGCUAUCAGACACUACACUGCUUGUACACUUCUUUGGCAAGAAAGGAAAAGCUGAACUGAACUUUGAAGAUUUUUAUAGAUUUAUGGAUAACCUGCAAACUGAGGUUCUAGAGAUAGAAUUCCUUUCCUACUCCAAUGGGAUGAACACCAUCAGUGAGGAAGACUUUGCCCAUAUUCUCUUGAGGUAUACAAAUGUGGAAAAUACAUCAAGUUACCUGGAAAACUUGCGUGGCAGUAUUCCUGAAGAAAAGGGUAUCACAUUUGAAGAAUUUAGAUCAUUUUUUCAAUUCUUGAACAAUCUAGAAGACUUUACAAUUGCAAUGCAAAUGUAUAAUUUUGCAAGUCGUUCGAUAGGUCAAGAUGAAUUCAAGCGUGCUGUGUAUGUAGCCACAGGUGUGAAGCUCUCACCACAUUUGGUGAACACAGUGUUCAAGAUUUUUGAUGUCGACAGAGAUGACCAGUUGAGUUAUAAAGAAUUUAUCGGCAUUAUGAAAGACAGACUCAAUCGAGGGUUUAGGGAGACUCCGAAGUAUGGUUGGAAGGAAUAUUACUCUUGUGUGAUGACUGUAACCAGUGAGCAUCUCAGAGAUCUAUGGAAGCAAUUUCGGAGACAAGAUAUGCUGAGAUAAAGGAAGAAAGCAGGAUUAUCUGCACUGGCUAGAAUUAUUUAUUCCCAUGAAUUCUUAAUGAAGAACAAACUAACCCAGGUGAAUGGUGAAUCUUCCAGCUGCAGUAGAAAACACAGGACUUCUUUUCCACUUAGAGUAGUGAUCAUCAACUCUUAAAACUGCUUUUCAGUAUGUAUUUUAUUUAACUGAUGAACUAACUAUGCCAUGUGAGUGGGAGAAGCCUUCUUUUGUAAGAACAUCUUUGAAUAUUAUUUUUUAUUAUUUUGAGAUAAAUUGUCAUUUAAAAGGAAACAAAAAUAAGUCUUACACCUGGGCAGGAAGACGUUUGGCAUUGAAGAGAAACUGCCUGCAUCAGCUUAGACUGUGAAUUCACUUUCAGGUGAGCACUAUUAAAAGUUGGUGCUAAACUGAAAAUGAGACUACAUUAAGUAGCAUAACAAUUACAUAUGAGUUGAAUGGACAAAUUAAACUCUUAGAGGCUGUUGUUUUACAAAGAGUAAAGCUGUUACGAUUAAAAUGUGAACGAUAGGUAUUUACCUAGGAAAAGUACUGUAUGAACUAUAAUGUUCAGAUUCUCCAAGUCUUAUUAUAAUGUUUAUGAAUUUAUCCUUUAAAAAUAGUACAGAUUUUAAGAUGUCUUACAAGCAGUGUGUCAAAGAAAAGUCAAAAUGUUCAAAUUCAUGUAGCACACACUUUGUAAUAUUUAUUAUAAAUUUUAUUGCCAUACACUGGUAUGUUUCUGGUAGAGUACAAAUUCAUGUGUUUCUUGUGAAUAGUGCACUUUUAUAUGAAGUGGCACUGAGUAGAAAUUAUAGUUGUCUAAUUUGCUACUCUGGAAUGCCAUAUCUGAAAACUAGAUAAAUAGCUUGUGUUUGUGUCAAACAAAAAACAAAACAAAACAUGAAUGCAUGCACAGUACAGAACAACACUAUGUAAUAUUAUUUUAAUAUUACUUGUUUGCUAUCCAGCAGCAGCAUUUUUCCUUACUCCCUAUUAACAUUAUUGUUAGGCAGCAGGAAUUAAAUCCACACAAACAAGAAGACAUAUUUUUUACGCCCUUAAAUCUUGAAAAGAUUUACUGGAUAUUGAAUAAAUCUGUAUCUGUUUAGGAAAAGACUAUGCCAUUAAAUAAUUCUACCUGAAUAGGCACACACUUGAACUAAUGUCAAUAAAUUGUCAUCAGAAGCAGAAAUAUUUGGUAGUCAGACAAUCAAAACAGAACUAAAAUAAUGCUUUUAAACAUCUCACUACUCCAAAUGAUGAAAUAAAACUUUUUAAAAUUUUGUUCAGUGCACAUGUUGCUCAAUUACCAUCUUAUAUGUCAUGUGAGUAGAUGUAUGGUGUCUGUGUAACAGUGCACCUAAGUUUUGAAAUGCUUAAUUUCUAGUAAGAUAUAUCUCUGGUAGAAAAAUCAAAACAAAAUUAAAAGGAAGCUUUUUUAAAGAAAUUCCACACUGUGAAUUGUAGAAAAAAAUAUGUCCUAAGUAUGGCUUUUAUCUGAAAAAAAAAAAAAAAAAAACAAAACCCAGGCCAGUUCAGAAAACUAUCAAAGGAUGAUACUUCAGUUAAUAUUUCAUGAUAAAUAAAUUCAAAAUUUCCACCUUGGUGUCCUUAAACUAUUGACUGCAAGAAAUAAAUGAAAUAAAUUGAGAUAAAGGUUCUUGAAUUGACACAGCAGAACACAGAUAAGCUGCAGUCCCUCUGUGAUCAUUUAGGGAAUCAGCUGUAUUCAAUGUAUCGUCUCGGUACGCAAAACUGUCUCACUGCUUCUUGUCAGCACACGCAAAACCCAGUUUGCUACUUCAAUGGUGAAGGACAAAGAAAAAAGAAAACACUGGGAGUCACUGAAGGGGUUCCCAUCCUUCCUUUUCAUUCAUGACUGCCCACUCACAGUGACCUCCCCUUGAAGGAAGCAGCUGUACUGUCAUCAUUUUGCUGCUCCACUGCCCUAGGCAAUAGUGCACUUUGCUUUUAUGGCUGGCUUGAAGCAAUUUUAACAUUUUUCUAUAUAUUUCCUAUCUAUAGUUACUUACUAUAAAAUAAAAUGUGAAAGUGUCAGAUUAGUUUUUAAGACUAUUUUUUCUUCAUGUUUAUUAAUAUUAUUUAAUAUAAAUAUGAAUAUAUACAUAUAAUAUUCCUGUUUAUUUCAAAAUAAAUGCACUUGAAACUAAU